GCUGGUUGAUUGAACACAUCCGAUUGGUCGACGUCGUUUCGGUCGCUGGAUACAAGCACCACAACCCGGCGGUGUGCAUGCAAGCAGGUGGACGAUGCGACGAGGGCACCCCGAGGAUAGUGUCCAGGCCAAGGCACGGACUGAGCACGCGACAAAUCACAGCCAGCAUGAUGCACGGCAAGUUGUCACCUCGUGGGGCUUCAAGGCAACACGCCGUUGACGACAUGAUUCGGUUGACACCAUGCCGAGUUCGUCCCGCCAACAAUAACCACAGCUACGUGGAGGCAACAUCCAUAGCAAAGCUUGCGUCGCCUCGUAACAUCAAGCACGUUCGGCUGGCGCAUCUCGGAACGCAUCACAUCCUUCGCGAGUGGGCGGCGCGAGUGAUUCAGACGAGAUACAGCCAAUUUCACCGCGUUCAAGUACGCGCUAGGCGCCAAGCUGAAGCGACGAGAGCGAAACACCGCGCGAUUGCAUACGACAUUAUGGAGGCAUUGGUUGGCGACUUCAUCCGCGUCGAGUUCAUUCCAGAUAUCCUCAUCGACAUAUUCACGACGGGCCUGGACAAGUACACGCCGCAUCCCGUGGAAAUUCGAGCCGCGCACCAGCUCUACGAGAGCAUGUGCCGUGAAAUCGUUGCGGUCGAAGUGCGGGAGAUUGUCGUGGCAACCGUCGACCGCCUCGUGGCCGCGUAUUUCACAUCAACAGAGGAAUCUACGCAAGCAACGACUCAACCUCCGUGGCAACGUCUUGUUGAUUCGUUUAUGGCCGAGUGGGUGCAUCCUCUCCUGCACGAGAUUGUCCUCGACGGAGUGGACGAGUUGGUGACCCAGUACAUGUCUGCGAAACAACAUACCGCCAUGUUUGACGCGUGGGUACAGCACAUCCUUGCUGAGACUGCCACUACAGCCUUUCGUGAGAUGCAACGGGAAGAUGUACUUGAUACAGUGUUGGACGAGGUGAUGUGCGGUGUCUUGAACGAUAUCGCGACGUCCGAAGUUGAGGCCGCCCGAGCUGCCAACGCUCAGCUCAACCGCGAAAGAGAGCGAAGAUUGAUUGCCCAGACAGCGUCCACGCACCUUCUUGACCAUGCCAUGCUUCGAGCUCUGCUGGAGUUGAUUGCUUUGAAAGCUGAUCGCUUGGCCUUCAAGGACUCUUGUGACCAAUUCCUCAAGACGCUGAUGCUCAAGCGUCUCUUGGCGAUCCAGCAACAACAGGCCUCCCUUCAGACGGUGGUGCGAUCCAGUGCCGUUCUGGUCGCGUGCCACAACCAUUGCUUGCAAGCAAGUCUCGGGCACCUAGUGUCUACGUUACUAGGGGCUGGCCUAGAUGAGUGGGAAGACCGAAUACACUUGGAAGAGGUCAACUCAGACGCAUCACAGCAAAAUGCAACUUGACACUUUCGUUGAUGCUGAGGC